UUGCUAUCGCCAAGUUUCCAACGGCUCGAGUAGGGGGCAGCUUAGAGCAUCCGAACAUCUUGUCCGUGCAUCAUGGCAUUCUUCCAAGUUCUGUUGGCUUCUAUGAUUUCGCCUGGCAUGGCUUCCUUUGGAGUCACAUAUCCAGCGUUACAUGCAGAACCUGUGCUGCAAAGCAACAGCUGGUGGCACCUAGGGGGGUUCUGCUUUGGUCAAGUUGACGGAGCACCAGCUGCAAAACUCAGCAUCAGCAUUCUUUGGGAAGGUCAAGGACCACUUCAUGCGUCAGCUCAGGUGUACCUUGCAGUAUUUGAUGGUCGGGAAGACAGAUGGGGUGUGGCCAACCGCGACUGGGACACUUCCAGUUGCGAGCAAAAACUUGCAAUCUCCACUGAUCACACGUUGCUGUCAGACUAUGGGCCAGAUGGUAUUCAACCAGAAGUCGAGACAGCUUUUGCAAUCCAUAUCCGCCAGAAGACUGCCACAAGAGAUUGGCACUAUGCUUUGCUUGCGUGUGGCAAUGUGGAAGCCGCCCCCUUGAAAUUGAGUGUGGCAGCAGAGCAUGGUGCACUGUCCAUUUUUGCCGCCAAGGAGAACUUUGACAGCAGCAGUUGUCCGGUGAUGCCUGUAAGUUGGUGGCGACAUGCAGCGGAAGACCCUUUGUUUUGGGUCUUGCUUUUUGCUGCUGCCAUUGUCAGUGCCAGUUCCAGCAUUGCUGUGAUGGUUUGUUGCCGGCUGAAAUGGCGAAAUGACACCAAACUCCUCUCAGAUUCGCGAAGUGCAGCAGGCUUGAAUGAUGUGGUGAUUGGAAAGCCAUGCGAGAGGCCUGAAGGAGAGAUCACCGAAGGCCAGAUCAAUUCCACACAGAAUGCCACUUACAAUGCGAACGUGCCCAAAGAGGUCUGAAGACACUGGGAUGAAUGAAUAUGAAUGAUGCCCAUCUAUCACAGGUUUUUUGCAAUGCCACUGCAAUGCAUGGUAUUCUCCAGCUGAAAGUCAAGAAACCUUGUUUUCGGCAUUUUUCAGCAAUCUUCCAAGAGAAGUGCGAGCUGUAUUUAGCAAUUUUGUGCAUAGGUUAGAUUGUUUUUUUUCGGAGCUGGGCAAACUUGUGAAGGAACAUGUCUUUUCAAUUCUUUUCAAGACCCAGCAUCGCGAGAAAACUGCAACAUGGCAAUGUCAUCGCAAAGGUGUUUCAAUGAUUGGGUGAGAGGCAAACCGAUAGACUCCUCGAUGAUUUGUUCGUUCUCUUAAGCCCAUUUGAAAUUGUUUCAAGAUCACAUCGCUAGGAACUUGAAACACUGGCUUUGCCAGCUUUUUGUGCGAGACAACGGAAAAAACCGUGAGUCUCGGAAGGACAUCGCAUUAUUACUUUAAGGCUUCAAGCUCUAAAAA